UGUCGCACGGUUUUGCAUAAUUUAUUAUUUUCGAACGAUUUGCCGAUAGUAAACGUGUAAUGCCGUUUCAUACGAUGGUAGCAUCAAGAAGAGAGAAGAAUGCAGAGAGAAGAAUCCCAAAGAACAUAUAGAUGAUGUAAAAAUUAACUUAUUUUUAAGUAAAGCUUCUACAUAUCUACGCUUGUCAUAUUUUGGCUAUGUAAUUGAUCGCAUUUUUUCGCGACUCAUCGUUACAGCGAAAUCUCGAAUAUCGAUGACCGCAAGGUGCAGUGACGCGCGGUGAUGGAUGCAUCAGCGGGACCAAAGCACCGGCAUUUACCACAGUCGUUUGAAGACCGAAAGAAAUCCGAGGGAUGUCCAGGCUACAGCCUCGACUACUGCUGAAAGGAGAAGAGAGAAAUCGCGAUCGUAAGAAAGCGAGACAGAAAAGAAGAAGACUACGUGAAGAUUAGAUCCCCAGGAUGAGUAUAGGUGGGAUUGGAUUUGGCAGACGCGCGCGCGGUUCGUUGGCGGUAGAUGCCGAUGAUGCGAAGGAGUAGGACAAGAAGAAGGGGCAAGAGGGUGGAGUUUAGUUGGUGUCCGAACGAUGCGGAGAGGCCGCAGAAGGGAAACUCGGAGUAGGGUACAGGAGAGUAUAGAGAGGAAGGCAUAGGAUAGAACAAGAUGAGAUGAGGAGAGAAGAGAGAAGAGAGACCGUAAGUGACAGAACGGUGGUGGGUAUAGGUGAAUUACUGGACAACACUGAACUACCCGAACUGCACUCGGCGGUAUUUAAGGGAGAGCCGCGAGCGAAGCGCGCCAGUUGUUAACACGGCCGGUCGGUGGUUGGUUUUCGCGGAUUCACACUCGCUGGACCCUCGAGUCGCGCGUGGCGUCGAUGAGUCAAGUGAAAAUAUGCAAACUAAAGGAGAUAAAUAUAAAUUCAAUUAAUGAAUUUUGAAAUAAAUAAAUAAUCUCGAUAAAAACGAAUUUGAAGAAUUAUUUAACGAGGUGAACUUGAUAACCACGUGAUCAUUUAUUAACGCGCUCGCCGAUUCGUCGUGAUAUUCUCUUCCGUAAUAAAAAGAUACGAUCGUAAACGCGCAAGUGCAAAAAAUAGAGUGAACAUACGAGGGAUCACCAUAUAGUUUCUCUUCAAAUCGGCGCGACGACGUUAUGUGAGAAUACACAUAUGGCAUUACUUGAAUUCUUCGUACUUGAAGAUCGAGAGAAUUUAAUAUCUUUGAAUCUUGGAUGGUACAGAUGAUGAGCAUUUCAAAGAGGUACUACCCGAUGCUGUUGCUGCUGGCAUUGGGAUUGAUUUUCAGACAAUCGUCCGUCGGCGCUUACCUAUCACGAGAAGGUACAUAUUUUGCACGAUCAAAUGUUUCGUCCGAAUUCACCGGGACGUCUUCUAGUCGCCGCAUCUCGGUCAUCAGGAUCUCGUCCGAUGAGCGAUUGGAGCGAAUCAUUUGGUGGUCCGGAGCUUGCGCCAAGGAAACCAUUGUCAAUUGGGGAAACACGGACGUGAUGCUGCGACAGGUUUGGCUUCGGAAGUCAAGCAGAAAGCUGCAAUUGAUAUAUGCCGGCGAAACUUUGACCGACUGCAUUGACGAGAAGCUCGCACGGUGGGAUGACAGCGAGUGUUUGCCCAGCUCUCGCCGCGUCUAUCACUAUCACGAUGACGGUGACGAGGUGUCGAUCGAGAUAUUCCAACUGGACGGCAAGGACGCUUCGAGGAUACCCCGCGAUCUCUCUUGGCUAUUGUCGUCAUCGGAGCUUCAUUAUCAAUGCGAUCGCGUGAGAAUGCGAGUACGAAGUCAAGUCGUGGCUCAAAAUCGACAUAGGAAAUACUCGAGCUCGACAAACGCGACAACAAACAUUGGAAAAAAACGGGGCCGGAAUCGGACCCGAAGAGAGCUAUUCAUGAUACCGGGGACGCAAUGGUGCGGCCGAGGUGACCGCGCUACCAAAUAUACCAAUCUUGGCGGCUUCGGAGUAGCCGACGCAUGUUGUCGAAAACACGACACGUCCUGCCCCUUUCAUAUACCGGCAUUCGAGACGCGUUACGGCGUUUUUAAUUGGAGAAUAUCGAGCAUGAUGCAUUGCGCUUGCGACGAACGAUUUCGCACAUGUUUGAAAAUGGCCAGGACUGCGUCGGCGGACUUUAUAGGCAAGAUCUUUUUCGAUGUACUGCAAUCAAAAUGCUUUAUUUUGAAACCGCAAAAAGUGUGCGUGAAGCGGUCUUGGUGGGGCAAAUGUCAACAUCACGAAUAUCGAAAACAAGCUCACGUACGGGAUAAUGUUCCUUACUAAGGCUGUAAAGUGUAAGAGAUCGUGAGACGCGUAAAGAGAUAAUAAAAUAUCUUUCUUCCGGAGAUGUCAAUAGCAGUUCUCAGGGAUGUAAUAUUUUAUCGAAUAUUUAUAAUAUAUCAAAGAAAAAGACGAAAAAAAGAAAAAAUUAAAUCGAUUAUUAAAUCGAGAUAUAUCGCCAAAGGUACGAUUGACAAUAUCGUAAUAACUUUAAAUACGAAGAAGCAUUAUUAUAUAUUAAGUUUGCCGAUAAUCAUAUCAGACAUUUUCAAUUAAGACGUUUAAAAACGAGGAGAAUACAUUUACGAGUAUCCGUGAACAUAUUUUUCAGCUUAGGCUCAUAGAUAUUUUCUUCUCUUCACAAAGUAUUGUUUGCUAUAUUUUUCUGGGGCAUAUUUUUUACAAUAUACUAUAACAUACGAUAUAAUAAAAAGAAAAAUGUUUUGGCGCGUUUCAUAAUAAAAUUUAAACUUGACUUAACUCAUUCGUUUACUUUAUCGUUUCUGCCAUUUAAUUGCAAAAUGUCAUCGUAAAUAUCGGCGGCUCUUGUAUAAUGUAGAGUUAACCUGUAGAUAGAAUUUAUUAAUUUUAAAUAUUACUGGCGUACUAUUAUCAAAUUAAUAGAAUUAUAAUCUUAAGCUUUUAUUCAUUAAAGCAUUGGAAAUUUUUAGAUAACAUUCCAAAAAUGUAAAAAUACAAAAAUAAAAAAAAGAUAAAACAUAUGAAACAUAAUCAAUACUAUAAAGAUAGCUUAGCAUUUUUGAUGAGAUAUUAUUAUAAUACUGUAUGUACUUAUAUACAUUAUCUAUUUAAAAAUUGCACAAAAUAAUGUUUAUAUAUUUUAAAUGUAAAAAGAUUAAUUUUAUCUCGUUAUUAUUUAUAUUUUCUUUACAAAUACAUAUUUUCAAUUCAAGAUAAUAAUUUAUACAAGAAAAUUUUAAAGUAAAUCAUUGAACUUUUCAAAUAUAUUUCUUUUCUCUCUCUUUAUGCAAAUUUUAUUACAAAUAUAGACGCCUUUUAAAAUAACUUUUAUAUUUUUAACAUUAAAUAUCUUAAUAAUUAAAUGUUUCAAUAUCACUUUUAAUCUAAAGAUAGAAGCUAAAAAAAGAGAUAGAGAGAGAUAUGUAUAUAUAUUUAAUUUUUAUCGAUAUUAAAUUAAUCAAAGAUAGCGCCUAUAAAGUUUAAUGAUUUAUUUUAAAAUUGCUCUAUAUUAUUCGAUUUGAUCGGAAAUGUAACCACCGAUCCAUUUACUGGAUCUCUAAUGUACACAUAUAUAACAUUUAAAAAUGUAUAUAUAUGUGUGUCAGUAUACGCGGUUCUCUGCAUUUCGCGUAAGCGCGCAUGUUUUGCGUAGAAGUAAAUGACUAUAACUGAAAUUAAAAAGCGAUUUGUACAUAAAAUAGAUUUCUGAUAUCAUUUUUGCUUUUAAAAUAUA